GGGAGUUUCGGGGAUUUUCCGGCGACCGUGGUGUUAAUUUUCCAAAAUGGCCAGUUCCCGCGAAGGUUUCUCCAAAAAGGCGCAACGACCGACGAUCGGUGUGGCGAUACAUCCCAAUUCCGUCACCCCACCGGGCAGUUCCGGAAUCACGGAUGGCGAUUACAAACCGGUCUACUUUGAAGAAAUUUCCCAGAUCAUGCGCGGAUACGGCGACUGCGAGCGGCCACUGCGGGAGUCGGUAAUUCUGGUGGAAAAAAUCGUUCUACAACAGUUGCGCGGCAUGACACAGGAAGCCAUCGAUCACGCCAUGUCUCGGCCAAACUCUCCUACGCUUUCGCGCCGGGACUUUGAGUUCAUCAUGCGCAACAAUCAGCUCCGGGUGGCGAGACUGCAGCAACACUUCCGUAACAUGGCCAUGAUGAAGAAGCGACUCAAAGACAUCUACGGUGAUCGGUACUCGCAUCUGGGCGGUGGUUCGGAAGCAUCAGACGACGAUUCGGAUCGGGAAGCACCGGAAAAGUAUGACGAGGAAAAGACCCGCCGGUUGGUGCGGGCUGAUCGGAUUUCACAGAUCCUGUUCGGCAAGCAGUACGAAGAGUUCAACUUUGCCCGCCGAGCCUCCUUCAUGCAUCGUAACACGGAAGCGUUGAAGGGUCGAAUGCGUGGCUGGUUGAACAUCCCGGAGGACGUGAACAUCUCGCCCAGCUGUCUGCUAACGCUGGCUUAUCUAGCACACGAGACCGUGGCUAUCCUGGUCGAUUAUUGUAUCCUUACGCGCCUCAACUCAUCGAACCGGCUCGUGGAACCGUUCAGUCGAGUCACUUCAUCAGGAAAAUCUCACAACAUGCUGCACCUGUGCCCGGAGGUGACCCAAGGAAGGGGGCUCGAUGGCGUGAAACCGAUCACACCGCAAGAGAUUCACGAAGCGAUGCGACGACACCGAAUGAUGGCAACUCGACGAUCCGGUAACUAUAGAAACGCGCUCAAUUUCCGAGCGCCCUACUUAGCAAUGUAAGCCACUGUGUGUUUCGGAGUGUAAUCGACAGAUGAACAAUCGAAUAAAACAAAUCAGAUAACGAAACAGCUCGGAACGAACCUCU